CAUUACGAUGUCAAUCCGCAGAGCAAAACAUUUUCCGAAUUUUUUCAGAAAUAAUAAACUACAGCUGUGUACGUUCUCUCUAAACUCGGCUCUUAUCAUAAUUUAAUACAUAAACAAGUUUAAUACUAAAUUAGAACACCAAAUAACCAGCAUUAUUGCACAAAUUUUUCGUCACAGCUUGAACGACGUGUAUAUAUUUAGAUAGGAGUAGACAUACAAAUACACACCUUUGGAACAAUAUAGUGAGAGAAUGGACAGGACCAAUUCACGUCGAAUGCACCUCGGAGACGGUGGGGGUGGGGCGAUGGGGGACGGAGAGGACCUCUACUCCGGCUACAACGACUUCUCCCCCGCCUUGGCUACGGACGACCUCGAGCUAGACCAGGGUUUCCAAACCUCCGCUCGCACCUUGGACAGUCGACGACCAACCGCACUGACCCCCAACACCCCCUUCGGAUUAGCCUCAAGGCUUGGCACCGCCGCCGGGUUCAAGAGGGAGUCUCUUCAGACUGGGAUAUUCACUCGUGGGGGUACAGGUCGACCCAUGACGGGAGCGGACGGUGGACUUAAUCGCCCCAUGACCGCCGUUCGUGGCGCAGGCUACACGGCGGCAGGACGAAAUACGUUUGAUCCCAUGAACGCUGGUGGCACCAACAAGAAGCCCACACCACCCAUGGAGCCCAAAAUAGAGGACACGGUUGAGGAGAAGGUGAGGCAAAUGGAGGAGCGGAUCAACCGGCUGAUCGAAGAGUCAGUGCUGGCCGCCUCUCGAGGGGAUGGCAGAAGAGCUCUCGAGCUGGCCAAGGACGCUGGAAAUAAGGAGAAGGUCCUCAUGAAGCUCAAGGUCGAGGCUGGCUCCAACGAAGGGCACGACUGGGACACUACCUUCUCUGUACUAUUCAAUCUGGGGUCACAGUUCGAGUUGAAUGAGAUGUACCACGAGGCGCUGCAAACGUACAAGGCCAUCUCGGACAACAAACUCCUCGCUCACGGCCCAAAGGUGAAGAUCAACAUGGGGAACAUUUACUACAAGCAGGGCCACCCCACCCGGGCAGUCAAAAUGUACCGAAUGGCCAUGGACCAGCUCAGCAACACGCAGAAGGACCUCAAGCUAAAGUUGAUGCACAACAUGGGAAUAAUCUUUUUGAAAAUGGAUCACUCCUCAGACGCAGCGUCCUCCUUCGAGUACAUUAUGGGGGAGAGACCGACGUUCAAAACCGGACUUCAUCUCGUCGUCGCCACCUUCAUGAUGGGGGAGCCAGAGAGGAUGAAACGGAGUUUCCAAGACCUCCUUCAAGUACCUGUCGAUUACGAGGAGGACGAGGAGAAAUACUCGUCCGCCGCCUCUGCUGCCGAAGACGACCCGGUCACCCAACUCCUCAUGGAAGUCCUCAAGAACGACCGGCUGAGAAAGUGGGAAAAGGAGCGCAAAUUAUAUGCGGAACGUUGCGUCCUCUCCGCCGCCAGACUCAUUGCCCCCGCUGUGGAGGCCUCCCUCACAGAAGGCUACCACUGGGUCACUGAGGAAAUCCGUGCCUCAAAACACGCCCCACUCGCCCACGCCCUCGAAAUCAGCAAGGCUCUCGUUUUUCUGAAGCAGCGUGAACUGGGCGAAGCGGCCGAGAUCCUGAAAUCCUUUGAGAAGAAGGAGACUAACGUGGCUACUGCCGCUGCGACCAACCUCUCCUUCAUGUUCUUUCUGCAAGGCGAGCUGGAGCAGGCCGAAAAGUAUGGGGAGAUGGCGACCAAGGCUGAUUUCUACAACUCUGUGGCCUACGUGAACUUGGGAAACUGUCACUUUGUGCGAGGGGACUGGGAGGAGGCGAAAAAAUGCUUCACAGAAGCGAUCGGGAUUGAUGCGGGGUGCAUCGAGGCGCUGUACAAUCUGGGACUCGUCAACCAACACCUCAAAUUCUUUGAGGAAGCCUUGGAAUGUUUCCACAAGGUUCACUCGCUCGUCCGAAACCACCCACACGUCACCUUCCAACUUGGACGCACCCACGAACUGAGGGGAGAGGUGGAAAUCGCCAUGGAAUGGUACCUCAAAGCCCUCGCCCUUGUUCCAACCGACCCCGGCCUCCUAAAAAAACUUGGAGAACUCUCUGACAUGGAGGGCGAUCGACAAGGGGCUUAUCAACACUACUACGAUUGUCACAAGUACGACCCUUCUGACAUGAGUGUGAUCGAAUGGUUGGCCAACUACCUGCAGGAAGUACAACUUCCAGAGAAAGCCCUCACAUUUUUUCAAAAGGCGGCUCUUCUUCAGCCAGAGGAGCCCAAGUGGAACAUCUGCAUUGGACACGCGUAUCGUCGUAUGGGCAACUACUCUCAGGCUCUCGCCACAUUUCAAAAGGUGUACAAGGGAAAUCCGGAGAACGUGUUUGCCCUCAGCUCUCUUGCCCGUCUCGCCACGGACAUGGGGCUGAAGGAGGCGGAAAUGUAUCGGGAGGAGUUGGGGCGUUUGGAACGGAUGCAGGAGACACGAAAUCUCAGCAAUUCAUCAUCCUCCUCUUCAAGAUCGGCCCCCACCCGGUUUGGACCACCCUCCAGAAUGGGCUCCAGUCGUGGAGGUCAACGAUCCAGCGCAUUUCAACCUCAGCAGCACCACAGCAAGGACUCGUUCGAUGAUCAGAACAGCGACUAUGGGGCUGGUGGCUACCCCUCUGCGGAUCCAACAACGAGAGAGAGUUAUUCGGGCUAUCGAGGUGGGAGGGGCGAGACUAAUGGAAUCCUUUCGUUUGACGACGAGGAAGAUCGCAUGGACGAACUGGACAUGGCGCUGGACGCUCGUGCCUCCGGUAGUCAGCAACAACAACAGGCUGGACCUGCACGACCUAAGACUGCGGCAAUGGACGACAUCAACGCUUUCUUCGCUGCCAACGAUGUCGGAUCAGACUUUCUCCCCAUUUGAAAAAGUAUUUAUGAUAUUUAUAGUGUAACAUUACUUGCAUACAAAUGGUUUGUAGAUUAUUUGAAAAAUUAUAAAGUAACAUUAACAUGUAUAACACAACCUUUUGUCAAUUUUGACUGAGGACGAAUCGUAAAAAAAAACGAAUUAAUUGAUGUAAUCAGCGACCCACCGCAUUCUUAUUAAAUUUUGUCAGUCCCACUACAAGUACAUAGCGGAAUUAAUUAAAUAAUAAUGAUAUUGUCAAUAUAA